GUACUGUAAUCACAUUCCUUUUGAUUAUGUGACAAUGUUUCUCGAGAUGAUCUUUAUUGUUGUUGAAUUAAGGUUUAAAAUCUGAUAUGAUAUGAGUAUCAUUUUGCAUUGAUUAUCCGACCUUGGCAAUCAGUUUACAGAAGUCUGCCUACCCGGACUGACGUGUACAAACGUGAAGUCAAAAUGACGGGUAUGCAGACGGAGAGUCUAGCGGAGUACAUCCUCGUGGAAUAUCGCUGGGUGAUCGUUAUCUGCGCUUUGCUGCCCAUGUCCUUCCUCUGGAAGAUAUGGUCUGCGUUCAGGAACUACGUGGUGUUUAAAAUGAACAGCGCACCCAAACAACACGACAAGAAAGUCAAAGAUGUUCAGAGACAGAUCAAUGAAUGGUUAAAGGGCGACCGUAGUACAAAGCUGUGCACCUCCCGGCCUGGUUGGCAGACCAUGUCCUUCAGACAGGCCAUCUACAAGAAGACAUUUACCAAUAUUAAUAUAAACUUGGUCGAUAUCCUAGAAGUCGAUACAAAGAACUUGACAGUUCGAUGCGAGCCGCUAGUGACAAUGGGGCAGUUAUCGCGAACUUUGGAGCCAUUAGGGUUGGCACUCGCUGUCGUGCCAGAGUUAGACCAGCUCACGGUUGGCGGUCUGGUAAUGGGGACAGGAGUGGAAACCUCUUCUCACAUCCAUGGAUUGUUCCAGCACAUAUGUACAGAAUACGAGCUCGUACUCGCUGACGGCUCGGUCGUUACCUGUAGUAAGUCUGAACAUCCUGAACUUUUCUACGCUGUGCCAUGGUCUUACGGAACUCUGGGAUUCUUAACAUCAGCGGUUAUAAAAUUAGUGCCAGCGAAGAAAUAUGUUCGUUUAGAAUACCAUCCAUAUACAUCAUUAUCGGAGUUAUCAAAAAGACUGAGCCAAGAAUCAUUAAAAGAAAAACCACAUCAAUUUAUCGAAGCUCUGCUCUUUAGUAAAGAGGCCGGAGUUGUGAUGACAGGAGAUAUGGUUGAUGAAGAGGAUUCUGAUGGAAAGGUAAAUCCAAUCGGUAAAUGGUAUUCAGAAUGGUUCUUCACACAAGUCCAACGACAUUUGAAGAACUACCAGCAAGGUGAACGCAGCACAGUUGUGGAAUACAUACCAUUACGACAUUACUAUCAUCGACAUACUCGUAGUCUGUUCUGGGAACUCCAGGAUAUAAUAUCAUUCGGCAACCAUCCGAUAUUCCGGUACUUAUUCGGCUGGCUGAUGCCUCCCGAGGUGUCGCUGUUGAAGCUGACCCAGCCCGAGGCAGUCGGGAAGCUGUACGACCGCGCACACGUGAUACAAGACAUGCUGCUGCCCAUAGACAAGCUGGAGAGUGCGGUUGAUUGCAUCCAUAGAGAAUUCCAGGUGUACCCCAUUUGGUUAUGUCCAUUCAAAGUGUUCCGUCAGCCCGGACAGUUGCGCGUGACGUCACCAGACUGGCAGAUGUUUGUGGAUAUUGGCAUCUACGGCGUGCCUAAAGCAAAGGGCUUUGAGACAGUCCCUUCAACACGACGCGUAGAAGAUUUCGUGAUCAAGAACAAGGGUUUUCAAAUGCUAUACGCGGAUACAUACACGACAUUGGAAGAGUUCAGGCAAAUGUUCGACCACACGCUUUACGAUAAACUAAGGGAAACGUUACUUUUCUGUAAGGACGCGUUCCCUGAAAUAUAUGGCAAAGUGAACAGACAUGUUAGGAAAUAAAAUAACUAAAUUGUACGUUCGUACUUACUAUGCAAUCAUUUUUAAGGAACCUACAAAAACAAAAUAGCAAAAAACACCACAUACAACUUUAACUAAAUUAAAACUUAAGGGGAUAUUUAAUAUGUGUA